CUUCAAUGCUACUGCAACGACGUCCGACGUGAGGAAGAUCGCGAUUGUGUCAGAACAUUGAAUCAACUUUCUUCGCUGACUGCGAGUCGAAAGAUCGACCCCUACUUGAAGAGCGAACAGGAGAGACAAAUCGAAUUGUGAUCUCUUGCAUUUAUUCGUCGGGAUCUACUUGUCACGAAGACCGCAACCAUGUCACAAUCUCUCCGUCCGUACCUGUCGGCUGUCCGAUCGACGCUCACCGCCGCUCUCUCGCUUUCCAAUUUCGCCUCGCAAGCUUCCGAGCGACACAAUGUGCCCGAGAUUGAAGCUGCAACAUCACCAGAGGUCCUCCUGAAUCCCCUAACAGUGUCGCGCAACCAGGACGAGCGGGUGUUGGUGGAGCCUUCUGUCAACAGCGUGCGCGUCAGCAUACGGAUAAAGCAGUCGGACGAGAUAGAACACAUUCUCGUGCACAAGUUCACGCGCUUCUUGACGCAAAGAGCAGAGGCCUUUUUCAUACUCCGGAGGAAACCGGUGCCAGGCUAUGACAUUUCAUUCCUGAUCACCAACUUCCACACCGAGGAGAUGUUGAAACACAAACUUGUAGACUUCAUUAUUCAAUUCAUGGAGGAGGUCGACAAGGAAAUUUCCGAAAUGAAGCUCUUCCUGAACGCGAGAGCCCGUUUUGUGGCCGAGAGCUUCCUCGUACCGUUCGAUUGAUUCGCCCCCUCAUAUCAUCUGGAGGGACUAGAAAGGUUGUUUAAAUGAGCGCCUCUCACCACAUGUGCUGGUGGGACGAUGAGGUACGAAUUUAUGAUUGCGAUGCUCCAUCUAUACAAAAGUCAUCACACACGCGCAGCGCACCAAAGACCCCAAUAGAACGACGUCGCGCAUUGUUAUAACGAGCGAAGCCAGAAGCCUCUCUAGUCAUCGUGUGUGUUGUUCCACAUCUUCGCCGUCAUCGGGGCAGCAUUGACGGCGACUGUCAGUCGGUAGCCAACCAAACGCACACAAGCC